AUGUUAAAAUUACCAACCGGUUCCCUUUCAAGAAAAAGUUCCAAAGAAUUUUCAUCCCGAGAAGUAGACCAAAUAAGUAGUGAACUAAAAGAAGAAUUCGAGAACACAAAAAAGUUUAUUGAAUCUGACUUUGAAAUUUCUCAAUUAAGAUACCAGAAUUUAGUAGCAUCCCCAAAAGAAUCCAUGAGGCUAAAAUCAAUUUUAAACGAACUCAUCAAUCAAACACACAACAAACAAAAAUAUCUUGAUGAUUUAAUAAACAAAUCAGCAGAGCUGAAAAACUACUUUAAAGAAAACGAUAAUUUUGAGAAAUACGAAGCAAAAAUUGAAAAAAUCAAAAAAAAAAUUCAAAAAAUUAACAAGAAAACCGAGCAAGAAGAAGAAAAUUCUGAGUUUUACCAAAAUUUAUUAGAAAAGUGUCAGGAAGGUCUGCAAAUUUACAAAGAGAGAAUAGGCAGCAUGAAAGAAAUGUACAAAGAAGCAACAAAAAAUUAUGAUAGCGUGAUGAUGGAAAGAUAUAAAGCUCGCAAUGAUUUUAUUGCUGUGAAAAACAAAGUAAGCCAAACAAUAAGCAAAUUUCAUGACGAAAAAACGAUGUUCGAAAAUUGCUAUGAAAAAAUGAAAAAUAAAUUUACCGAAAUUUGUGAAGAAAACACAUGUGAAAUUGAAAAACUCGCAAAUUUGAAUUUAAAAUAUAAGGAAUAUAAAGCAACAAGAGAUAGCUUUAUUUCUUCCUUGAAAGAAGAAGCAAGUGGGCAAAAAGAAAACAAAAGUCUAUCAAUGAAAUCAAAUAGCAAACUAUUUUCAUUUCAAGAGGAUGUGGAAAAAAUCAAAGAGUAAAUUAUUAAUCAGAGUUCUUACUCGAUUUGGAAUUGAAAUAAAAGAAGAUUUAUAUGAGAUGGUCUCUCAUGGCUGAUACCAAGUCAUCUCUAAAGAAUCAACCUUGAGGAUGGAAUUUGAAGCAAUUUCUGAAGAAGUAAUAUAAUAUAUAGCAAAGAUUAAAGGAAAUAGAAUGCAACGAAAUUAAAGAAGAGCUCAAUAAAAUAAAAACAAAAAAUGCCCCUGCAGCCACUGAAACGCCUUUAUUUCAUAAUGAAUCAGAAAUUGUAGAGCAUGAGCAAUCAAUACUAUUUUCUUAUUACAAAACUAUUGAUGUUUUAUCAAAAUUUUUUCAAAUAAUAUUCAAUAUUGCAAUUAAUUCUUAUUUGGUUGAAAAUGACUUAAAAACUCAUCUUUCAGUGCUUAUUCAUGAGUCAAAAAUACUAGCUAAAGGAUUUCCAAAAAAUUUGGAAAAUGAAUUUAAUCCUGAAAAAAUGGGAGACUCAAUUUUUAUUUCGCAAACAAGUGAAAUGCUUAUUGAUGAUUAUCUAAUUUAUGGCCCUAUUUCCAAAAAAAAAUUAAAAGAAUUGUAUGGAAAAUAUCUAAAUUCUGAUACAAAUGCAUUUAUCGAGGUCUUUAAAUCGUGCAAGCCUACAAAUUUAUUUUGCAGCCAUAGUAUGCUGCAAGAAUUUUUUAAAGACUUAAAAGAAGAAAAUCCUAUUGAACUAUUUCCAAAAUUAGUUUCUCAAUGCCAUCAAAUCAUAAAAACAGAAACUGCUUACUUCUUGAAUAAUUCUUCUAAUCUGUUUAAGAUGGUGAUAAAAUCAAACAAUGAAUUUUCGAGCUCAAAUCAAAUUACUCCUCAAGUCACUGAUUCAAAUUUAUCAUCACAACUACCGAAAAUAAAUAAAAUCUCGAAGCCAUACUCGAAUAUAGGAAACUCAGAUUAUACCUUACUCCCUAUUUUUUGAGCUAACAAAAGCAUUAAAAAUCCCUAUUUUUUGCCCAAAAACCUAUUCCAUAAACGAGCAAAAAGUGUUUAAUAUAAACAUUUUAUGAAAAAACAUUUUAAUAUAUAAGUGAUGCUAUUAUAAUGAAGUCCCUAGCUAAUUUUGCUUAAUUUUAAAUAGCUUGCAUUUAAAAAAUAAAUUUUGCAAAUUAAAUUAAUACUUGCGCUAAAAAAUUAUUUCGAAUUGGGAUUUUUUUAAUUUUUUAAAAACAUUUUGAGCAACAAAUUUUUUUUUUUCGCCCAUAUAGGGGGUGGAGCUAAUAAAUAAAUACAGAGUAACGGAAAGGCUUUUAAGAAGACCAACAAAACAGCAAAAAAAAGAUGAAUUUAUUGCUUCAAUUUCUACGAUAAAUUCAUUGCAAAAUAGCUUUGCAUCAAAUAAUAAAGCUGCAACUCUAAGUCAAUGCAAGAGUUUUGAAGCAUCGAGCUUUCUAACAAAUUCAGCUUUAAGUGAAGUUAAGACAAUAGAGUCAAAAUUAAGAGACAUAAAAUUGCUAGAAGGUAAAGCUAAAAGACAUAGAAAAAAUAAUUCACUUGACUUUGAAGAAAAAUCAAGCUUCAUAUGAAAUGGAGGUGUAAGGCGGCAGAAUUCUGCAGGAAUUUUAGUGUCUCCAAAAGCUAAAACUUCUAUUAACUUUCUUGUAAAUAAAAAAUCAUUAAAAAGCUAA